UGUUUUCUUCCCCCCAGCUGGAGAGACAGGGGACCCUGCUUGUUGAAUACGAAGCUCCCCUAGUCACAGGCCCAAAGCUACCAGCUCGGCAGCAGAGUGUGGUCUUAGAAGAAGACGUUGUUCGGCUCUCACCAUCUGUGGGAUAUGCAUUGCACCCGGGGGACAAGGUGCUCGCACCCUGGGAGCCAGACCGACAGCGAUAUGGCCCUGGCACUGUUGUCCUGGGCUUGGAGGCGAGAGACCCCCAGAGAGCAUCAAAGGAAGAAGAAAUCACUGUUCACUUCUGGAAUGGCCGAACAGCUAAAGUGCCUCUAGGUGAGGUCCAGUGGGUGCCCCCCACUGUCUGGAAGAAGGCUGUGGAGAGGCUGCACAAGCCUUUCACUAGGAAGCACCCCAGUCCCCUCUGCAGGGCCCCUUGCUGCUCUCUGCUGGGGCCGGCCGCUGGAUGCAUCGCCAAUGGGCUUCUUCUGGGCACUCCGUCCCUGCGCCCUCCUUGCCACCCCCACACCUGCUGCCAGCUGCUGUGCCAGGGCUGCCUCUGCUGCUGCCCCUCAGCUGGCCUCACCUGGUGGCCUCUACCCAGGACCUCGGAGGUCACAGCCAGAGAACUUCCAGAGUCAGAGCUGAGGCCCAUGGCACAGCUUUUGCCCCUAGAGGGUCCCAAAGAGGAGGAAGUAGCAGUGCCUGCUCCCGUGGCUCUUUCUUUCUCCUCCUCCUCCUCGUCCACCUCCUCCUCCUCCUCUGAAGAAGAAGAUUUGGAGAAUGAUCUGGAGAUGGGCCUUCCCCAGAGACUGAUGGUGAACAGCGCAGUCAACACAGACCCCAUCCUUCUAGAGAAGUCUCCAAGGCAGAGUGGCCUCUGCCGGCCUGAGUGGAGGUAUUGGAGGAGAAACGGGCCUGAGCCGCACCCUGGGAAGCCAGGAACAAGACAUUGCAACAUCCGGAAAGAAGAGAAAGACAACAGACAGGAGAGAGUACAAACUAUGGGAGUGGGGACUCCCAAGGAGCUGGCCAUGAAAGCCACAAACAUGAAGCUACCACAGACCCUGCCAGAGGAAGCUGAACACAGAAGAUUGAGUCAGGGUAUUGUGACACAUCAGAGAGCCAAGAAUUCCCCUUGA